AUGGUCACCCCGUCUGUCCGCUGGUGCUCCGUGGCGCUCACCCUACUGUUCGUCCUGCACGAAGGGAAGGGCCAUCUGCCUCUGGGAUCCGCACCUGCCGCAGGAGCCCGAAGCAGCCACUUGCGCAUCAAGCGAUGUUCCUGCAACAGCUGGCUGGACAAGGAAUGUGUCUACUUUUGCCACUUGGACAUCAUCUGGGUGAACACGCCAGGACAGACCACUCCUUAUGGCCUGGGAAACCCGCCAAGGCGACGCCGCCGCCGAGCCCUGAGCAGGUGUGAAUGUGCCAGCUCCAGAGACCACACCUGUGCCACCUUCUGUCACCUUUCUCAGCCAAGGUACCUUCUGGCUAAGCCAAAGAUGCCCUCCCACAGCCAGCCCUCAGCAACGCCUCUGCUUCAAGACACAAGGGCAGAUACAAGCAGCAGGCUCCUCAGGGCACUAAGGGACAUUGCCAAAUCCCGAGUCCACUUAGCUCAGUGGCAGCGCAAGUCUCCUGGAGGCUCCAGACCCAAUCUGCUGUCUCAGAGGAGGAAGCGAUAAAAAAAGAAGAGAGCAGCAUUGGCCUGAAGAACCCCAGGCUCUCAAGGACUUCCAAGCUCCUGGCCCAGUUAGAUGCACAAAGGAUGGAAGUUGGAGGAGCAGCUUGUGGGCAUGUGGGAGAAUGGAGUCAGGCGUAGAGGGUGAAGACAGUGCUGGACACUGGACACCCUGGCUCCCCACCUCCAACAUGAUGCUGCUGCUGGGACUGGCAGAGUCUCAUGGGGACCCUAGAACAUCUCACUCGUCCUGGGCGACUCUUAGAGGGGUCCAUGGUGGAUUGUGCAAACUCAUGGGGUACACUUAGACAGUUUGGCUGGAACCCCAAAGUCAGCCCAGCCUGCAGCAGGAAAACCUACCCUGGAGUGU